CCUCCCGGCGCGCUCAUGAACUCCGUGUCGCCGGCCGCCGCGCAGUACCGGAGCGGGAGCCCGGAGGACGCGCGCCGCCCCGAGGGCCGCAGGCCGCGGGGUCCCCGAGUCCCGGACCCCAACGGCCCGAGGCCCUCUGGAGCCAGCGGCCCCGCUCUUGGCUCGCCCGCGGCCGCCCCUGGGGAGCCGGACGAAGUGGACAAGUUUAAGGCGAAGUUCCUGACGGCCUGGAACAACGUCAAGUACGGUUGGGCAGUCAAAAGCCGGACCAGCUUUAGCAAGAUCUCCAGCGUCCACCUCUGUGGCCGCCGCUACCGCUUCGAGGGCGAGGGUGACAUCCAGCGUUUCCAGCGGGACUUCGUGUCCCGCUUGUGGCUCACUUACCGCCGGGACUUCCCACCCCUCGCUGGAGGCUGUCUGACCUCAGACUGUGGCUGGGGAUGCAUGCUGCGCAGCGGGCAGAUGAUGCUGGCACAGGGCCUGCUGCUGCAUUUCCUGCCCAGGGACUGGACGUGGGCUGAGGGCCCAGGCCUGGGCCCCUCUGAGCCAGCAGGGUUGGCCUCUCCCAACCGUUACCGUGGGCCUGCACGCUGGAUGCCCCCACGCUGGGCCCAAGGCACCCCAGAGCUGGAGCAGGAACGUCGACACCGGCAGAUAGUGUCCUGGUUCGCCGACCACCCCCAGGCCCCCUUUGGGCUACACCGGCUGGUGGAGCUUGGGCAGAGCUCAGGCAAGAAGGCGGGUGACUGGUAUGGGCCAUCUCUGGUGGCACACAUACUCAGGAAAGCUGUGGAGAGCUGCUCAGAGAUCACUCGCCUGGUGGUGUAUGUUUCUCAGGACUGCACAGUGUACAAGGCAGACGUGGCACGCCUGGUGGCCAGGCCCGACCCCACAGCUGAGUGGAAGUCUGUGGUCAUCUUGGUGCCAGUACGGCUGGGCGGCGAGACUCUCAACCCCGUAUACGUGCCCUGCGUGAAGUGUUACCGCCUACUGACAUGUGACAGAACUUAUUCAUCACGUUCCUUGUUUACCUCCUACACUAGAACGUCAGCUCCCAGCUCCGAGCUUCUGCGUUCAGAGCUGUGCCUGGGCAUCAUGGGGGGCAAGCCACGGCAUUCACUGUACUUCAUCGGCUACCAGGAUGACUUCCUGCUCUACCUGGACCCCCACUACUGCCAGCCCACUGUGGAUGUCAGUCAGGCUGACUUUCCCCUGGAGUCCUUCCAUUGCACCUCACCUCGAAAGAUGGCCUUUGCCAAAAUGGACCCAAGCUGUACGGUGGGGUUCUAUGCUGGAGACCAGAAGGAGUUCGAGACACUCUGCUCAGAGCUGACCAGGGUCCUCAGCUCCUCCUCAGCCACUGAGCGCUACCCCAUGUUCACCCUGGCUGAAGGCCAUGCUCAGGACCACAGCCUGGACGACCUCUGCUCCCAGCUCUCCCAGCCAACACUGCGGCUCCCUCGCACGGGGCGGCUCCUCAAAGCCAAACGCCCAAGCUCUGAGGACUUUGUGUUUUUAUAACGCGUGGGGUUGGGGGAGAAGAUGCGCACUAUUUAUUUUUUUAUUUAUGUCAUGCUGGGUGUGGGAGCUUGAAAUCUGGAGGUGAUGGGCCUUUUCCCAUCAACCCCUUGACAACUGCAGCUGAGACCAGUCCAGGAAACCUCUGAACUGGGGCAGAGCCUGUACACCUGCCUCCCGCCAGCUGGGCCUCCUCACAGGGCGAGGAGGGAGGGUUCCCGGACACCCACUCAGGGCCUGACUCAAGUACUGUAGUUUGCACUGGACCACCUGUGCCCCUCACUGGUCCCAAAACCCCUACCCUGCUGAGAUCUGGGGGUGACGGGGGAAACUGUGGCCACCAGGGGCUAAUAAAGCCGUUUAACUUGACUGUG